CUUCGUCACCCUCAUCCUCAUCACCACCAUCCACCCCGCACGACGGGCUCAUCCUCUCUCACCGCCGCGCAGCAUCUAUGCGCUUCGCUCUCUCAUCCGCCUCAGAGGCAUCGGCGGACGAGGAUGCGGCAGGCGAGGCGACCUUUGGCGGGCGUGAUCUGCGCACACGAGCUGGACGGUUAGGGAUCGCAUCCACAUCGACGGCCAAUCGAGCCAAGGCGCAGCAACAGCAGCUUCCCUCGACACUGCCUCGAGCAUCGAGCAGCAAAUCUGCGGCACAAUCAGAGUCACCAGAAGUCAAGCGCACCAAAUGGCUGCCACCGUGGAUCAAGGCUUCGCCUGAGCAGCAACGCCGACGUCGCGAUGGACAGGGCUCGGCAUCCGACUCGAGCGGUGGCAGCGGGCAGGAAGACGACGCCCGGGAGUCAAUGUCAGCUCGCAGACAAAGAAGACGGACACCGACUGCACAGCGUCAUCGGAUGCCCUCACGCAUAGCCUCUUCGUCCAGCUCAUCCCAGCUCAGCUCCGACCUCGAAGACGAGAGCGACGGCCAAGAGGAGCUAGCCUCGCCGGCACAUCGCCGCCGCACUCGUCGCAGAAGCCGUAGCCGGCGAGUGGCCGAUGAGGACGAAGAUGGCUCUUUUGCAUCUCGCGAAGACAGCAUCGAAGACGACGAAGCGUUGCGGAACAUCCGUCUAGCAGGGGACGAAGAGCAAUGGGACGGCGAGUGGGGCAACGUUCUCCGCAAGAGCUCGUCGCGGUGGAGCUCCCUCGUGGCUCGCCGCCAGACCCCAACACCAGCAGCGGGCGCCAGUGCCUCCUCACCUUCCAGUCUUGCCGCGGACAAAGGCUCCUUCAGCAUCGUCCGUCCUCCCGGCGGAGGCGCAAACUCCUCUAGCAGCCAGGAUAGUGAUCUGGCUCCUCUUCUCUCCCGCCUUCGAAUCGAAAAGGAGGAAGCAGAGCGUCAGACGCGAGCAGAGUUUGAAGCGCGAGAGAAGCGCCUAUGGGACGGAAUCGAAGCUGCGAUCAGCGCUGCUGAGCAGGAAGCGGCGAAGAGGGCGAAGCAGGAGGCAGAUAGGUUGGCCAAGGAGACGAGGGAGCGCGAAGAGAAGGAGCGUCUUUUCAAAGAGGCGCAAGAGGCGGAACAGAGGCGCAAGAAAGAGGAGGAAGAGCGUAGUGCCGCUGCGACCAAGGCGAAGAAGGAGGAAGAGGAUCGCCGUGCCCGUGCCGAAGAGGAGCAGAAGGCUCGCGACGCCAAAGCCGCUGCGGACAGCGAAGCUCUCGCCGGCCUCGCAGGUGGGAGUGCCCUUCUCUCCGCAGCUCGCAAGGACUGGGCUCACUGGCGCGACGAGAUGGCUCGCAUCAAACGCGAAGUUCUCCCCGUCGUCAAGUCCAACCCAGCUUGGAAGAAGUCCUGCUUUGUGGCUAAGCGCCAGAUUACCCCCAAAAUUGGGCAGCUGACCAACUCUCGCACCGAGAUUGAUCGCAUCGCCUCUGCCAUCUCCUCCCUCCUGAGCGAGGCCAAGUCCGCGCCGGGCUGCGAGAAGGGGGAGAUCUACGAGUGGGUACUGAACCAUCUGGCCAAGUGUCUGAUCAGGCAGGCAGAACAGGAAGUCGCAGUCAAGGUGGAUACGGCCUACCCGCUCGCCCGGCUCGUGUUGCGCAUCAUGCUUGCAGGCGGUCAUGCAGAAGGGCUGGGCAAAGUGCUCAUGGCCCGUCUGGUUAAGAAGAGCCCCUGGGUCGUAGGCUACGUUCCGAGCAGGGCGGACGCGCCUGACGUUCAGGAGGAUCCGACUGCUCUGGCCAAGCUGGUGGGCAAGUCCUCUCCCGACGAGACAAGCGUCCAGUUCACCUCACGGCAGGCCGGUAUUCUAGCAUUCUACUUCGCCCUCUGCCAAACGGACCUGGUCGACUCUGCUGCCCCCGGCACUACCGCAGUAACUGCAGCUCAGCAGGUGCCCUCCCAAUUCCAUCCCUCCGCCCUCUGGCAUUGGAGCGCCCGCUGUGUCACUCCACCGAUGACAGGCCACGCCUUGAUCGCCACCCUCUGGUGCACGCUACUAGACGUAGCAUCGCCGUACUUGCUGGAACGGUACCCCUCCCAAUUCGCCAAGGUGCUGCGGCUCCUGUUGAAGGAGGGCCUCAGGGGCGAGAAGGCGGGCUUUGUCAAGUUGGAAGAAGCGACGAGCGCGAGAGGGAGAUUGAGGUUAUUGUUGGAAGAGUGGGAGAAGGAGGGAAGGGUGAAGGAGGCGGGCAAGGGACGAGCGGUGGACCCAUAGUCGAAAGGAGGCAGAACAAGUGGACUGCUUAUCUUGGUUUCUUUACAGCAUUAACAUCAUCAUACAAUCAGCAUCUUCUCAGCAUUUG